AAGGUUCGAGACGUAGAGCUGAGCGACUGAGGCCGCUAACAAGAUGCCGGUGGCCGUGGGCCCCUAUGGACAGUCACAGCCAAGCUGCUUCGACCGCGUGAAGAUGGGCUUUGUGAUGGGUUGCGCCAUGGGCAUGGCAGCCGGGGCGCUCUUCGGCACCUUUUCCUGUCUCAGGAUCAGAAUGCGGGGUUGGGAGCUGAUGGGCGGCAUCGGGAAAACCAUGAUGCAGAGUGGUGGCACCUUUGGCACAUUCAUGGCCAUUGGGAUGGGCAUCCGGUGCUAAUCAGGGCAGUGGUUGCCCACAACAUCCACCCCCUCCCAUCAUUCCCAGCCCAUGUACUAUAAUAAAACAAGUCUGAGUAUUCUGAAAAAAAAAAAAAA